GCCCGUUAUUGUUCUAGUCAGCACAUCUGUCUGCGGCACGGCGUGCCCGACAAGACACAUAAUCUUGCCACUUCAGCAUCUUCCACAGCCGGCGUCCAUGGCUGCAUCUUCCGGGCCACACACAGCACGAUCUGACCUCUGACCUCUGACCUCGUCCCUCUCACGCGAUGCCACACAACCACCACCUCGCCAACGGCGGCGUCCCGCCCACCGCGAAUGCGAAUGGCGGGGUCAAGGAGCCGCCAGCUGCGGGCCCGGCCCCGUCGCCGUCGCUGCGCCAGGUCUGUCUCGAGCUGCAGGCAAAGGUCGACGCCCUCCUGGCCCACGAGGCCGAGACGAGCCUCCUCCGGGGCGUGCAGUCCCACGCGCGGGAGGCAAUGUCCGUCAUUGACGAGGCCCUCGAGAGAUACAGCAUCGACGAGCUCGCUCUCUCCUACAACGGCGGCAAGGACUGCCUCGUGCUCCUGGUCCUGAUCCUCGCCUGCCUCCCGCGCCACCUCGAGCCCCCAGACGACCAGCCGCCGUCGCCCUCGCUCUCGCCGUCGCCCUACACGAACAGGACCGCCACCAACGGCCUCACCUCGCAGAUCCCGACCAACACCCCCGCCGCCCCGACACCGGUGCGCAGCCGGUCGCCGCGCCCCUUCCCCACCGCCCUGCAGUCCGUCUACAUCGUGGCCCCCGACCCCUUCGCCGAGGUCGACGCCUUCGUCGAGCACUCGGCCGCCGCAUACCACCUCGACCUGUGCCGCUACGCCCUGCCCAUGCGCGCCGCCCUCGACGCCUACCUGCGCGACAGGCCCCGCCUCAGGGCCGUCUUCGUCGGCACCCGCAGGACAGACCCCCACGGCGCCGACCUGACCCACUUCGACCCCACCGACGGCGACUGGCCCGCCUUUGUGCGCGUCCACCCCGUCAUCGACUGGCACUACGCCGAGAUCUGGGCCUUCCUCCGCCACCUCGGCAUCCCCUACAUAUCACUAUACGACCAGGGAUACACCUCAUUAGGCGGCACCAAAGACACACAUCCCAAUCCUCUCCUCAAGAGGCAGCCCGGCGGGUCCGGCGACCCCCAAGGUUUCAGGCCCGCCUAUGAGCUGGUCGACGAUGACGAGGAGAGGUUAGGCCGUGACAGAUGAGGGCCUCCGCCCAGGCCCCAGCUUCUGCAGAGCCAGGGGCCAUCAAGUGGAAACGGGUUAGAUAAGGUGCCCCCGGGGGGGGCGGGCUUGGUGGUGGUGGUGGUGGUGUUGGUUGUGGUCUGACUGUCAUCAUUUCACUCAGCGGGUCUUUCAUUUUGUGCAUAGAGAUCAUACACUAUUUUCCGCCAUAUCCAGCGGGGCGCCCCCAGGCGCUGCCGAAUACUUGCGAGCAAGGGCUCAUUAAACAAUUCUGCACCUCUAAUUGUUGGUGAUUCAGGAGGGCACGCCGUUGCGUCUAAAGAGAUACCAUGUUUAUUCAUGGGUGUGCUGUUUUGGGCCAUGGUAAUAAGCUUGGGUUCCCAAUCCACCUCGAUCAAAUCAUUGCUGUGCUCAUCAAAAGAAAGAAGCAAAGAAAUGCCAACUCUAUGAUUCUUC